GGGAAAAAGGAAGAGGCAGGCCGCGGGGUUGCCGUGGUGACGGCGGCCGUGCCCGGAAAUGGGAGGGCGCCGGGCGGUGCCUGGGGAGCGCCGGCAGCCAGCAGGCGCGGGCCGGGGAUGGCGGCCGGGGGGCCGGCGCGGCGGGCGCACAGCGUCUGCAUGGUGUCGGACUUCUUCUACCCCAACAUGGGGGGCGUGGAGAGCCACAUCUACCAGCUGUCGCAGUGUCUCAUCGAGCGGGGCCACAAGGUCCUGGUGGUCACCCAUGCCUACGGGACCCGCAAAGGCAUCCGCUACCUCACCAACGGGCUGAAGGUCUACUACUUGCCCCUGAAGGUGAUGUACAACCAGUCCACAGCCACGACGCUCUUCCACAGCCUGCCUCUGCUCAGGUACAUAUUUGUGCGAGAGAGGGUCACCAUCGUCCAUGCCCACAGCUCCUUCUCUGCCAUGGCCCAUGAUGCGCUCUUCCAUGCCAAGUCCAUGGGGCUGCGGACCGUGUUCACGGACCACUCUCUCUUUGGGUUUGCGGAUGUCAGCUCAGUGCUAACCAACAAACUUCUGACUGUGUCCCUGUGCGAUACAAACCACAUAAUCUGUGUCUCUUAUACAAGUAAGGAAAACACAGUGCUGAGAGCAGCUCUGGAUCCUCAGAUAGUCUCUGUCAUCCCUAAUGCUGUGGACCCCACUGACUUCACUCCAGACCCAUCAAGAAGGGAUGACAGUACAAUAACGAUUGUUGUUGUCAGCAGACUUGUUUACAGAAAAGGUAUAGAUUUGCUUAGCGGUAUAAUUCCUGAGCUCUGUCAGAAAUAUCCAGAUUUACAUUUCUUAGUUGGAGGAGAAGGACCAAAGCGAAUCAUUCUGGAAGAAGUCCGGGAAAGAUACCAGCUACAUGACAGGGUGCGUCUUCUAGGAGCCUUGGAACACCAGGAUGUUAGAAACGUCCUAGUCCAGGGGCACAUUUUUCUCAAUACUUCUCUCACUGAGGCCUUUUGUAUGGCAAUUGUGGAAGCAGCAAGCUGUGGUUUACAGGUGGUGAGUACACGAGUUGGUGGGAUUCCUGAGGUGCUUCCAGAAAAUCUUAUUCUUUUAUGUGAACCCUCAGUGAAAUCUCUGUGUGAUGGAUUAGAAAAAGCCAUUGCCCAGCUCAGAUCAGGAACGUUGCCAUCUCCGGAAACUGUUCAUAAUAAAGUAAAGACGUUUUAUACAUGGAGGAAUGUAGCAGAGAGAACUGAGAAAGUGUAUGAGAGGGUUUCGGAUGAAGUGGUUUUAUCAAUGGAUGAGCGGCUCAACAGACUAAUAUCUCACUGCGGCCCGGUGACUGGUUAUAUUUUUGCUCUUUUUGCUGUUUUGAACUUUCUUUUCUUGGUGUUUCUGAGGUGGAUGACUCCAGAUUCCAUUAUUGAUGUUGCAAUAGAUGCCACAGGUCCUAAAGGUGCAUGGACUAAACAGUAUUUUCUUGGUAAAAAUGGAAGAGCUAAAGAAGAAAUUUUGAAUUCCUACAAUGCUCAAAGUGGAGAGAGGAAAAAAAUAAAAAAGCAUUGUUCACUAAAUGUUUAAAGCUUUCUGAUAGAGACAUUUUAAAAAUUCUUCAGCUUCUUUCCGAAAUUCUUGGAAAGAAGCUUGGUUAAAUGUGCUACCUCAAUUUAGAAUUAAGUUUCAUUUAGUUUUUGAACUCAUGGAAAUUUAUGCACAUCUAUUUUGCACUUAAAGCUGGGAGAGAACAUGGAUUUUCACAGCUUGGUGUCAAAAGUCAUUGAGGCAAAAGUAUUAGAUUUUUCUCCACAACUAGAAUAUUGUAGAAAGAGUGAACAUAAACUUUUGUGGUAUUUGGGAAAUCAAAACACAAAAAUUACUAGUGUGACAGUCUUCUGCCUGUGCAGCUUUAUUUUAUAGUUCUUCCUUUCUCUGACUGAAUUAGAUCAACCUGUUGCUAUGCCCAGAUUCAUUAUGGAUUUUUGGUAUUUUCAGAAGUGCUAAAUUUGUCCCAUUCACUUACACAUAUGAAAAUGGAGUAAAGCAUAUGGCUCUUUUUAUUUUAUUUCUUAAGUACAUAGGUGAAGGAAUGAUAUUAUUUAGAGAUUAGCAUAAUAUGAUAUAGCUUUCAGAAUCAGCUCAGGGCUGAAAACUCCUUCAGUAGUCUAUGCCAAAGUGUGAAGUGACACGUGUAAGAGAGGGAGAAUUUCUGAAGGACUGGACAAGCAUCAUCAUAUUCUUCGCCCCUCCCCCCACUUAUGGCAUAAAUGGCAUUUCAGUCCCUCUCUGGGAGGGACAAUAUUUAGUGUGUGUGAUUUCACCUAGACCACAUCAAAGGCACUGUCAGGCAGGUUCUGCAAGUUGAACCUUCUUGGGGAAAGUAUCCCUUAAAUGGAAAUAACCAAUAGAUAUACUUGUCAUGCAAGACACAUGGCUUCUUGCAACUGUUAGCAGCCCUAAGUAAGGUAUAGAUAUAUACCUGUGACAAUAGAAAGAACAUGUGAAUGGGUGAGAAGAGGCCAAGAGGACUUCUCACGUUUAUAUCAAAUAGCUCUUGGACUGCUCUCAUCUGAUGCACUUGAUUAACUUCUCUUUCAAGCAUCACUAAGGACUGAAAACUUUUAUGAUUUUAUGACCCUGUGCAUAGUGUAAUUUUGGACACUGUAUUAAUAUUAAAACUGUGCAAUAUGAAAAGAUCGUUUUCAAGCCCUUGAAGGGUAGUAUUUAAAACACAACCUCUGUCAAUGUUGUCUUGUUUCUGUUGAGAGGUAAGUAGCCUAACUUCUGCUGUUUUAUAAUUUAAUCAAACGUGUUUUCAUGAAACACUGAAAGGUAUAGUGAAAUACAUGUCAUAUACAAAGUCUAUUUUCUUUUAUUAGACUUUUUUAGCUUUUGAUAUUUAACAUACAAUAUGUAUUGUCUUACAACUUGAAUUUUUUUAAACUGCACAUUCAAAGUGGAGAUCAGCUACAAUGGUGCCACAGAGAUUAUUGAUAACUAGGUGGAAUUAAGGUAAUAUUUUACUUUUAAAAGCCUUCCUCCCCCCCCCCCCCCACCCUCUUUUUUUUUUUUUUUUUUUAAUUCUGGUUUAUUUCUUUUUUUGUUUCCCUCAACAUCUACAAACACAAAUUGAAGUUUAGACAGGAAAAUGAGAAUCUGUUCAAAAUAUUUUAUUUUAUUUUUUUCUUGUGCAGAUCAUUGCAUUUUUAGGUAUAACAUAAUAAGACUUUGUUAUAGUCCUGUGUAAUUUACAGAUUAUCUAAAAGUUUUACCUCGUGAUAAAGCAUAGAUAUUUCUUUAAUUGUAUGUUCCCAAAUAUUAGAAAGUACAGAAAUAUACUCAAUUAUUGCUGCUUCCCAUGACUGGUGUUUGUACCUCUUACAAUAAAUAUGACUGAUUUGAAAAAACAUUUUGCACAAGUGGCCAGAAAAAUUUAAUCUGUAAAUGGUUUAACUACAGCUAUACUGUUUCUCAAGUAAUGCAACUUAUAUUGCACAUAGCUCUCUGCAGGACUGAUUCACUUGCCUGCCUAAUGCAGUGAAGUAAAGGAAGGUGCAGCCGAAUCAUUCACUAGUUGUCAAAAGCAAAAGAAGCAAUAGGUGAAAUGGAAAGGCUUAAAUAAAACAAAAUUGUAACUGUAAACAAGUGGGCAGAAUUAAUUAAUAUUUUUUAGGAAUAUAUAUUCAAGAAAUGAAUAAAAACUUAAAAAUUAAAAAUGUUUCAGUUGUGCUUGUACACAACAUUUGAUCAUUUUGAAAUACUGAGAAAAUGUUACAACACAGAGAAUGAUACUGAGUAAUGUCUUGCAUGGAGGAAAGCCUCGUGUAUGGAGGAGGAGUGGGGAGUACCUAAAACCUUCUAUUUAGAAGCCACAUUCCUCCCCUUCGUAGAAGGGACCACAUAGUGCACCUGGAAGUGUUUUUACCAGCUUUAUUUCGGUGAUGGACUUCUUAAAUGGAUCUGCAAUGAAAUUCCAUUUCACAGGCACAGGGGAGAAAUUGAUGGUUCCAAUACAUUAUAUGCAUACACUAUGAAUUAAUGUAUAGACAGCAUGUUGAUAAUUGAAAAUUCUAUGUUAAACCAGAACAAGUAUCAUGUAAAAUAUGAAUAAAAGAUUCAUCUUCCAAAUGGUUUAUUGGGGGAUGUGGAUAUGUCUGUAAGAAGAUAACUACACUGUAAUGUACUUAUUUUUGUGCUCAAGUUUUUCUGUCUUUUUAAAAUAAACUUAUUUUUCUGCUUUUGAUAUUAA